UCAAAUCCUUUAGGUACUGUAUCAAUGUAGUAGCCAUUGAUGAGAGCAAGAGCACGAACAAAAAUCACCGAAACUUGACUGCUCGCACAUGUUCCAAAUCCUCUCCACUCUCAAGAACCGUCACAAUUCCAAGUUCCUCAGCAUCACACAGGUUCGUUAUCUUCUUUACACAAAGCAAAACGCUGUCAAAAUCACUUCUAUCAUUGAUCCUUCACUCUCACCGGCAUCAUCAGAAGUCCAAAUUAACGAGCCCCGCUCAGAUUUAUCUUUGAUAAGUUUCUCUGGCAUUGCAAAAUCUGUUCUUUUGAAGUGUUCCCAUUUGUUAGAGAUAAAGAAAGAUAAUAAGUCAUGUGCUAGUGCUUCAUUAAAAGGACUACUUCUUGAUUUAUCUGAUGUUGUGCCUGAAACUACUCGUAAACUUUUGAGGGUUUUGGAGCUGAAACCCGAACACGUGCUUGAAAUAUUGUUGGCUUUUCAAUAUGAGUGUGAAAAAGUUGGAUAUGAGAGGGGAAAGGUUGAGACUUUAUGGGAAAUUUUUAAGUGGGCUUGUGAGAAAAACAGGGGUUUUAAGCAUCUUCCUAGGUCUUGUGAGGUUAUGGCCUGGAUGCUUAUGAGGGUGGGGAUGUUUAGAGAAAUUGAGUAUUUGGUUUUGACCACGGAUGGAGUUUUGUUGAAUAGAAAUGAAAUUUUUGGAAUUUUGAUUGAAGGGUAUGUGAGCGUUGGCGAUUUAGAAAGGGCUGCUUUGGUUUUUGAUCGAAUGAGGACGCAGGGAUUAGUUCCCUCAUUGUCUUGUUAUCAUCUUCUUAUUGAUUAUUUGGUUAAAAUGAAGAGAAUCCAAUUGGCUUUUCAAGUGUGUUUGGAUAUGAUGGAGACGGGGUUUAGUUUGAGCGAUGUAGAAAAGGCUAGUAUUGAGAAUGUUGCUAGAUUACUUUGUAGAGAAGGAAAAAUUCAAGAGUCCAGAAAUCUUGUUAGAAAGGUGAUGGCUUUCGGGUUGGAGCCAAGUGGUUUUGUACUUAAUGAGAUUGCUUGUGGAUAUUGUGAGAAGAAUGACUUCGAAGAUUUGCUAAGUUUCUUUGUCGAAAUGAAGCAUGCACCGGAUAUUCUGACUGGCAAUAAGAUUGUUUAUACACUAUGUAGCAUCUUUGGGGUGGACAGAGCAGAUUUCUUCAUGCAGGAAUUGAAGCGUUUAUGUUUCAAACCUGAUGAAAGAACCUUUGGGAUAUUGAUUGGGUGGAGUUGUCAUGAAGGAAAUUUGAGAAGUUCCUUCAUUUACCUGUCUGAGAUUUUGUCAAGAGGUUUAAAGCCGGAUGCACGAUCUUACAGUUCUCUUAUUAGUGGGCUAUUUAAGGAGGGUAUUUGGAAGCAUGCCAAAGACAUUCUCAAUGAGAUGUUAAAUAAUGGCACGCAUCCUCCUUCUUCCAUUUAUAGACUUCUUUUGGCAGGAUAUUGCAGAGCUAGGCAAUUUGAUGAAGCAAGAGUGAUUAUCUCUGAGAUGGCCAACCUUGGUUUCCUUGAACUCUCUUCACUGGAGGAUCCGCUUUCAAAGGCAUUUGGGGCCUUGGGGCUCAAUCCAUUGACUGUGAGAUUGAGAAGGGACAAUGAUGUGGGAUUUUCUAAAACAGAAUUUUUUGAUAACCUUGGGAAUGGACUCUAUUUAGAUACAGACCAGAAUGAGUUUGACAAGAGAUUAACUAAGAUUCUUGAAAAUUCCAUGAUCCCUGAUUUUAACGCUCUUGUAAUGGUGCAAUGUGCUAAUGGAAAUUUAAAAGCUGCACUGCUGUUGGUAGAUGAAAUGGAACGGUGGGGUCAAGAGCUGUCUUUGUCUGUCUUCUCAGCAUUAGUGAAGCAUCUGUGCGCAUCUCGAUCUCAUAUGAAGGCAUGCAUUAUUCUCUUUGAGAAACUUCCAAAAUUGGGUAAUCAGUUAGACCAAGAAACUCUUAAUUUGCUUGUCCAAGCAUGCUGCAAGAAGGGAUUGGUCCACAAUGGAAAGGUAAUCUUUUGCAGAAUGCUCCAGAGAAGUCUAAUAAUCAAGAACGAAACUUAUACGGCUCUAUUAAUAGGUUUGUGUAAAAACGGAAUCUUGAAGGACCUUCAUGAUUUCUGGUAUAUUGCUAUAAAGAAUAACUGGUUGCCAGGGUUGGAGGAUGGUAAAACUCUUGUGGAAUGUCUUUGCCAUCAGAGAAUGCUGAAGGAAGCAUUAGUGCUUCUUGAGCACAUGCUAGAGUUCUACCCUUACUUAAGGUCAGAUAUUUAUAACGUGUUCCUGGAGAAGCUUUGUGUUAUGGGUUUUUCCACAGCUGCACAUGCAUUAGUGGAAGAACUUAUUCAGCGGGGCUGCAACUUGGGUCAAAUGGCCUACAGCCAUGUCAUAAAAGGACUGUGUGAGGAGAAAAAAUUUUCUGUUGCCUUUAGGAUGUUGGACUCUAUGUUGACCAAGAACAUGGCCCCUUGGUGGGAUGCUUGUCUUUUAUUAAUUCCUCACUUGCUCAGAGCUGAUAGAUUUGAUAAAGCUAUUAAAUUACAAGAGAUUUGCUUGAAGGAGCAGUCUGUUGUACUGUUUUCUUUUGAACGUGCUUUAGUAAAAGGAUUCUGUAUGACAGGGAAGGUUGAAGAAGCAUCUACUGUGUUCCAGGAUAUGUUGUCUAAGGGGCUACUUCCAGAAGCUGAAGUAUGUAACAUGCUGAUUGAAGGGCAUUGCCAAGCUAACAACUCAAACAAGGUCAGAGAACUACUUACUGUUAUGAUAAAAAUGAAGUUAGGGCUCUCAAUCUCUUGUUAUCGAAAUUGUGUUCGCUGGAUGUGUAUGGAGGGUAGGGUCUCCUGGGUAUUUAGCCUGAAGGAGGUCAUGCUUGGACAAGGCAACUUUGAUAACCUUGUCAUCUAUAACAUUUUGGUUUUCUAUCUUCUCUCUUCUGGGAACAGUUUCAAUGUGAAUAAAGUUUUAAAUGAAUUGGUAGAGAAUGGAUUAGUCCCUGAUGAAGUCACUUUCAAUUUUCUUGUAUAUGGGUUUUCGAAGUGUAAAGAUGUCUCAGGUUCUGGGCACUAUCUCUCUAUAAUGAUUUCUAAGGGACUUAAACCAAAUAUGCGGAGCUUAAGAACAGUUACAAGAUGCUUGUGUGAAGCGGGGGAGCUUGAAAAAGCACUGAACUUGAGUCAAGAAAUGAUAUUGAAUGGCUGGGUUCAUGAUUCAAUCAUUCAAAAUUCAAUUGUUGAUGGUCUUCUUUCUUGCGGUAAGCUUCAAGAAGCAGAGCAUUUUUUGCAUAGUAUUGUAGAUAAAGGUCUACUACCGGAUUCUGUCGAUUACAAUAGCCUAAUAAAACGGUUUUGUGUAUAUGGAAGGCUUAACAAAGCAGUUGAGCUUUUGAACAUAAUGUUAAAGAAGGGAAAUGUCCCCAAUUCUGCUAGUUAUGAUUCUGUGAUUCAAGGUUUCUGUACACGCAAUAAACUCAAACAAGCUCAGAAUUUUCAUGCCGAGAUGUUGGCCAGGGAUCUGAAGCCAAGUACCAACACAUGGAACACACUUGUGAGGAGACUCUGUCAAGAAGGACACACUGCAGAAGCAGAAGAGCUUUUGAUGUGCAUGGUGAAUUUAGGCAAAACUCCAACUAGGGAGAUGUACUCUUGUGUAGCUAACCGGUAUUGUCUGGAAAACAAUCUGAAGAAGGCAUCAGAGCUCAUGCAAGCAAUGCAAAGAAGUGGUCAUAAUCCAGAUUUUAGUUCACACUGGUCUCUGAUCAGUAACUUGAACAAUUCCAGUGACAAGGCCGGCAACAAUGACAACAGCCAAGGUUUUUUGUCAAGGCUUCUUUCUGGAAGUGGAUUUUCAUGGGGAAAGGGCUCCAAAACCAAAAACUAGGUUGAUAUUGCACCAUAAUGAUUGAGCUUAUUCUCAUUAUUAUUAUUUUUUUUUUAUA